CAGUGUGCUCGGUUGUGGUCAGUUACAAAAGGAAACAUGUUAUUACCAUUUAAAAUAUUAGUAUUUUUUGCGGUUUGUGCUAUUGGCCGCUGUGCUCUGUUUUCGCCCUGCAAAAUCAACGAUGCCAAAUGUUUUGAUGCAGCUUUUGCUGAUGCAUUCCCCAAACUUUUAUCUGAGGAUAGUACUUUAGGGAUUGGUUCAUCAGACCCCCUACACGUCGAUUUGAUUGAUGGAAAACUGUCGAUAUUAAAGUAUAAAUUCUUUGACUCGACAGUCGAAGGUUAUAAGCGUUGUUCAAUUAAGAAUGUAAAGUCAAAUCUCAACAGCCACACCCUACAUUUUGAGUUGGACUGUCCAGGAAUCGUCUCUACAGGCAAAUAUGAACUAUCAGGUCGCCUCAUUGUUUUGCCUGUUGAGGGGGAGGGAGAAUAUCGAGUUACCACAGGAAAAUAUACAAUAGCUGUCGACACUGAAUUGAAAGAAGUGCAAGAUGAAAACAGCAAAACAUACUUUAAAAUUGAAAACUUUAAGCAGAAGGCCGAAUUAAUUGAACCGGUAGUAUUCGAUUUUAAGAAUCUAUUUAACGGAAAAAAAGAUUUGUCCGACGCGGUUCACAAAUACGCGAACGAGAACUGGAAAGAAGUAACCAACCUGGUCCAGGAUCCAGUGUGGAUUUCGCAUUUAAAGCAACUGAUUAUCAAUUUUAACAAACACUUAAAAACUGCACCACUGGAGGAAAUAUUUACUGCAUAAUUUUGCAUUGUCGAUGACGUAUUGAAAGAACUAUAUGGUCACAUGCAUAUUGGUACUUGCUGGUCUAGGGUAUAUUAAUCUUCACUUGUCUAUAAUAAAUUAAUUUAUUUUUUAAUUAAAGCAAUAAAAAAUAUACCAGUUUAA